AUGCUGCCUUUGUUUUUUUUCCCACGUUUACACACGUCGCUAUAUUUAUUUACAUACAUUCAUAAACCAUAUUUUUCCUGUGCAACAUCGACAUUGUUGUCUUCAGUCAUUUCUUUUUCUGUUGUCCUCCAACUCAUCAUAGCUCAAAAUAUGUCUUACCAACCUCCAAACGGUCCACCACCUCAAAACCAAGGUUAUUACGGCAACAACGGUGCCCAGGAAAAAGGUUUCCUUGGCAACAACCAGGGCCCAAACCAAGGCUAUUAUCAACAGCAGCCUCCUCAACAACAAUACUACCAACAACAACCUCCUCAACAACAAUACUACCAACAACAACCACAACCAGUUUAUGUGCAACAGCAACAACCACAAAAGGACAACAAUGAUUGUUGUAUGGCUUGUUUGGCUGCUCUCUGUGUUUGCUGUACUUUAGAUGCUCUUUUCUAA